GUUAUGGUGCUCUGCUCUUUUGUUUAGGUAGUCAUGUUUAUUGUGUUUAUUUCUCUUGUGUAGACAGACAAGCACUUAACAAUGCAGUAUGAAGUAUUAAACCUAUAAAAGAAGUUAAAUUCGGUGGUUGAGUCUCUCCUCAGCUCAAUAAAAGCUGUACUCUGUACUGUAUGACAAUGACAGCGGUGUCGGCAAACCCUCAGCAACUGAGAGAGAGACUGCUGCAAGCUACUGACUCUCACAGUAAUAUUCGCAACAUGGUGGCUGUUUUGGAUGUCAUAUCAGAUCUAGAGAAAUACCCAAUUACCAAGGAAGCACUUGAGGAAACACGGCUUGGGAAGUUAAUAAAUGACUUGAGGAAGAAGACCAGAGAUGAGGAUUUGGCUCGGCGGGCAAAGAAACUUCUACGUAACUGGCAAAAACUGAUCGAGCCGCAGCAAAAUGAAAUAUUACAAUUCCGAACUCAGUCACUACCUGGUUUAAAAUCUAUACAGAACGAAACAGACAAUGACAAGAAGCCUGUUUUCCCCAGUACUCGGUGUUCAAACACUGAGAGGUUGCAUGAUCCUCUCGGUGAACAGAAAGAGGAAAAGAUGUUACAAACAGGGACGAUUACAAAACCAUCAGUAUGUGGACAGAUAGCUGCGCUGUCAUCAGCUAGUGAGAGUGCUGGGGGUGCAGAACCUCAGAAAGCUCACAUCAACUCUUUGAAACUCAACAAGGAAGGUUCUGCAUCUGCAAUCUACAGAACUACAGUAUUACAACACCAGGGCCAAGUGGAUACAGCCGCUCCUGAUACUGUGAAGCACAAACCCACCAGUCACCUCAAACCUCCUAGUCCCAGACCAGUAAAGCAAUUAGUAGCGAACAAGCGACCGACUAUGAUAGGCAGCUCCGAUUCUGAACCUCUCGUUGCUCUGCCGUUAAACUCUUUUAUUAAGGGUGUACACAGCGAGUGUCAGCAAUCGAAAGACUUCAAUGAUUCCGUCCAAAACAAUGACAAGGCACUUGAACAAAUACAUAACUUGCCGCGCAAGUCCAAAGGUUUAAAGCGGCAUCAACUAGGUUUACUCAGCGAGGUUACCAAUAUGGAAACCGAAAAAGACAUGAAAGCCUCAGAAGGAAAGAAAAGAAAGUCUCAAUUGAAAGACUAUCCUAUCAACCAGGAAAGACGGUCAACGGAAGACACGAGUAAACCUCGGGUGAAAAAUCGGAAGUUAACCUUCGAUCCGAUCACUCAACAAAUUAAAGCGUCGACGAUCAAUCAGAGUGAGGAGCAGCACAAUUCAGCCUUAGAUAAGAAUGAGACGGUUAACCUGAAGCCGAGCCAUUCCGCAUCAUCGCCUAGUCCUUUGCAUAAGAUGAACUGGAAAGAGCUGGCACAAAAUGACAUUAUUAAGUAUUACUUAAACCUUCAAAAUAACUUAUUAAAGACAUCAGGAGGUCAAACUCCGACGACAGACUGUUUUAAGACCGAGCACUUGAAAUGCGAAGAAGACUUUGUGAGACAGUCCAGCCACACUUGCUUCCCUGUGCCAGAUUUCUCAGACGGAGAUCUGCCGGGAAUAAGCCGAGACGUCACGGCAGAAGACGUCAAUAGAGUAAAUAAAAUGCACUGGCCGGGGGUUAACGGCUGUCAGGACAGCAAAGGUAACUGGUACGGUUGGACUGAGUGUAUAUCAUUAGAUGCCUAUGGGGAUGGAAGUAGACUUGAUAUUUUGCCAUAUGUUUGCAUAGACUAAUCAAAUGGGGCACAGAAUCACAUGUGGUCAUCAUUUCUGGAUUCUUGUAUUUAUUUAUUCUGACCUCGUCUGUUUGUGACGAAGGGUGUAGAAAUAUUGGAUUUCUUGCUCAUUGUAACAAAGGACAGCGGCAUCAAGGAAUUUCUUGAUGGGUCUUUAAAUGAUGUAUUUCUUUGCACAAAUCAUGCAACAAAUCAUAAGAAUAACAAAAAUGUACCGUAAAUCUAAUUUGUUACUGACUGUAUUAAACAAGUUGCACUU